AUAUGCUACAAUCCUGUGAUAAAGACGUCAUGAUCUCUCUCUCUCACACAUCAAACGUUACAGGCUUUACUACGCCACGCAUUCACAAUGCUACAGGCGCGUCCGUUAUAGCGUAUCAUGUAUAAUAAUGUGGUUGUUAUUUGAUGUUAUUUGCAUCCACGUAGGUAUUUUUAAAACCACCUCAGGGAAGAGAGGGCGACCCUGACAUAGCUUCCCCGAACAGCUGCAAGCUAGCUUAGCUAACGUUAGUUAACCGAACAGCUACAAGCUAGCCGCAGCUUUAGCUGUAGCUUAGCUAGCCGCACAGCUACAAGCUAGCUAUAGCUUUAGGUUAGCCAGCCGCACAGCUACAAGCUAGCUAUAGCUUUAGCUUAGCUAGCCGCAGCUUUAGCUUAGCUAGCCGCACAGCUGUUGACAGGCGUCACCGACUCCAUCCAUUCCUGCAAGAGGAGGAGGAGGCGGAGGAGGAAGAGGGGGGUAACUGAGCCGGACCCGAGAGGAGCAAAUGAACGAGCUGGUGAGGACUUUGCCCUCCCCGACUUUACCGGGGCUCCAGCUGCCGUGUUUGAACACCGGUAACUACAAAGGCUGGCUCUAUAAAUGGACCAACUACCUGAAGGGUUACCAGCGGCGCUGGUUCGUCCUCAGCAAUGGCCUGCUGUCCUACUACAGGACUCAGGCGGAGAUGGCUCACACCUGCCGUGGCACCAUUCCCUUGGCAACGGCACACAUCGAGGUGGGUGACACCUGUCACCUGGUGUUAACCAGCGGAGGCCGAAGCUACCACCUGAAGGCCACCUCUGAGGGAGAGUGUCAGCGAUGGGUCUCUGCCCUGCAGCAAGCUCGGGCCAAUUCCACUCUGCUGAUGCACCACUCAGACGACUCGGGAGAUGAAGGGCCCAUACCUCAGGAGGACCGAGCCCUGACCCAAGGGGUGCUCAAGACUCUGGCCAGCAAGCUAGACGACCUGAGCACCUGCAAUGAGCUGAUAGGAAAGCACGGCGCCGCCCUCCAGCGCUCCCUCAGCGAACUCGAGGAACUGCGCGGAUCCGCCGACGGCACAGACCGAGUCAAAGCCGUUAAUGAGCGAGCGACCCUCUUCCGAAUCACCUCCAAUGCUAUGAUCAAUGCUUGUCGUGACUUUCUCGAUGUAGCAGAAUCUCACGGCCGAAAGUGGCAAAAGACCCUGCAGUAUGAGAGGGAGCAGCGUCACCAUCUGGAGGAGACCAUCGAGCAGUUGGCCAAACAGCACAACAACUUAGAGCGAGCGUGGAGGGAGAACCCCACUUCAUACACAGGAGUGGAGCGGUCUCAGGAGGGGGACGCGAGUGAUGAGAAUGACGAGGCAGAGUUCUUCGAUGCGAUGGAGGACUCUCCUGCAUUCAUAACUGUGACUGCUAGCGGCGCCAUACAGCACAAGCGCUCGGGGAGUAAUCAGAGUAUGAUGAGCGGAGGAAUGUCCAAUGACUGGACUCACAAUGAGAAUGACACGUCGGGCACAAACCACAUGCAGCUACGGAGAACAAGGCGCAGCCGCAUUCCCGACAAGCCGAACUACUCCCUGAACCUGUGGAGCAUCAUGAAGAACUGCAUUGGCAAAGACCUGUCCAAGAUACCCAUGCCGGUGAACUUCAACGAGCCGCUGUCGAUGCUGCAGCGCCUGACGGAGGAUCUGGAGUACAGCGAGCUUCUGGACCGGGCGUCUCGCUGUCACUCCUCCCUGGAGCAAAUGUGUCUGGUGGCGGCCUUCUCCGUCUCCUCCUACUCCACUACGGUCCACCGCACGGCCAAGCCCUUCAACCCGCUGCUGGGGGAGACUUACGAGCUGGACCGACUGGAGGAGUACGGUUAUCGCUCCAUCUCUGAGCAGGUCAGUCACCACCCACCGGCUGCGGCCCACCACGUGACGUCACAGCGAGGUUGGACCCUGUGGCAGCACAUCACUAUCGACAGCAAGUUUAGAGGGAAAUAUAUCUCGGUCGUGCCAUUGGGAAACAUUCACCUGGUGUUCCACGCGAGCGGAAACCAUUACGUGUGGAGCAAAGUCACUUCAACGGUGCACAACAUUAUCGUGGGGAAGCUGUGGAUUGAUCAGUCUGGGGACAUUGACAUCGUCAACAACACUACCAAGGACACCUGCCGUCUCAAAUUCUGCCCCUACAGCUACUUCUCCAGAGACGUCCCCCGUAAAGUGACCGGAGUGAUCGAGGACAGAGACGGCACAGCCCAUUACAUUCUGUCGGGGACCUGGGACGACAAGAUGGAGAGUGCCAAGAUAGUGGACAGCAGCCAAGGAUGCGGAGGCUCCGAGGGCAAACAAAAGACGGUUUAUCAGACUCUUCAGCCCAAACUGUUGUGGAAGAAGUACCCUCUUCCAGAUAAUGCAGAAAACAUGCACUAUUUCUCCUCCUUGGCUCUGACUCUCAACGAGCAGGAGGACGGCAUCGCGCCCACCGACAGCCGCCUGCGGCCGGACCAGCGGCUGAUGGAGGCGGGCGUGUGGGACGAGGCGAACACCCACAAGCAGCGUCUGGAGGAGUGUCAGAGGCUGGAGAGGAAGAAAAGGGAGGCGCAAGCUAGUCAGGCCUUGGAGGAAGGCCUCUGUGUCACCAGGGCAAGACAUCGAGAGUUACCGGCCACUGUGGUUUGAGAAGAGGGCAGAUGACACCACGGGAGAAAGUACAUACGUCUACCGGGGUGGCUACUGGGAGGCCAAAGAAACACAGGACUGGAGCCAAUGCCCCGAGAUCUUCUAGGGAAAACCUCCCAACCAUCCACCACCAUCAAACAUUCCUCCUAAUGUAAGGAUACUCUGUGCCAUGUAGUCACGAUUGUGUGCGUGUGUGUGUGUGUGUGUGACACAAAACAAGCUCCCCGGUAAUCAUCUACUCUCUUCUGCUCUGCUCUAGCUCCUCUAUUCAGAACGCAUGGCCUCAUUUUACGUGUGCGCCGUGUGACUGCUUAUUCAGCACCACCAAAAGACCGAUUCAAGGGAGCACAUUGAGUUCUUCUGUGUGUGUGUGUGUGUGUGUGUGUGUACCUGAAUCAUUGACUUUCUAGGCUUCGUAGAAAGCAAUACGAACACACAUUGCAUUGGGUGUGUACGGGGGAUGACUCGGGGUGAGGAGUGCUGUGGUACAAGCACGGAAUGUUCUCCUCAAAGCGGAGAGAGACACACCCGGCUUUGGAAAGACUGUGGCGGGACGACGCAUCCUUCUGCACGUAAAGACUUUUUGACAGCAGAAGUUCAUUUACUCAACAGCCCCCCCCCUCCCCUCACCCCCACCCCCUAUUUUUUUUACUGUUGCCCAAACUGUAAAUCUUGAAGGACUGAGCAUUUGUCCAGUCUGCCUUCGCAGGAUCUUGAAAUUGUUUGCAUUAAAGGAGCACUCCACUAUUUACUAGUGUGAAGACUAGUUUCUCUUAACUGCUGGAGUUAAGAGAAAAGCACUAAUCUCAACUGGAGUUUGGAACGUCAAGCAAGCUUGGAGGGUCUUACUGGGGACAUUACUGACUUGUAUUAUGGGAAAUGUAGUAUCUUUUUUUUUUACUUUUGGAGCUUUACUCAUUACCAAGGACUAAAAGUGAGGACGUCUUGACCUCUGCUGUAUCUGUUUUGACCACUGUCUUUUAAAUUUGUCCCUCAUAAGUCUCCCACACUUGAUGGAACAGGAGAUCACUGCAGUACCACUCAAGUACAAGUCUGCUUAGCCUGGGUGAUGUACUACAGCAAGAGUCGUUUUUAUUCUAUUCCAAUUGUAUUCAAACGAUCAGGGCUCAUCAUCUUGAUGAAUAGCAGCGAAGGUGUUUCGCUGUGUUAAAGAAUUGCUUUAUUUGAAUAUGUCAGCAAUAAUUAAAUUGCACACAAUGUCACUUGAGAAGAAAAUACUUUUUUAGGUAGAAAAUGUUUUGGUGACAAAAUUCCAUUAGCUAAAUGAUAAUUAUGUUAAGAAAAGGAAAUAUCAUCCAUACACAUCAAUCGAGGACCAGAAAAGUAAUUGAAAAGAAGACAUAUUCUGGUGUGUGUGCUUGUGUGUACAUUAAGAGUAAAUUGACAUACAAAACAGAUAUCAACCUACUUCUAUAUAGUUUUAAGCUUGUUGUGUAUUAUAAUAGAGCAAGAGCCACAUGUAGAAUUGCCUGGCUGCUGUCGGCCUGUAUAUUGCGAGACUAUGUUAGAAAUAGAAUUGCCUAAUGUAAGAAAUUAUUGUUUCACAUUACUUGAACAUUCACUUUGUGGGCAGUACUCAAACUAUGUGUGUGUGUGUGUGUGUGUGUGUGUAUAAGGUUAAAUGGAGUCGAGAUUGUAUACCUGUUAGUGAGAUGUUAGGGGAAUGAAGUUAUGAAUAUGACAUUGAUGAUGCAGAUAAGGUAUUGUCUAAGUAAAGCACAAUGUAAUGUUCCACUGCAGGUAAUGAUACAUGCAACAUAAUCCUAAAGGUUUCCAUGGCAACACAUAGCUAUGCAUGGUUUUAGAGUGCUUAAGCACUUCUGUAGUGGAAAGCCUCUUCACCCAGCUCGUAGUUUGUAGACACUUUCUGAAACACGAUGUGAACUCACCUUCUGUGCCCAAUGAGCCCCUAAAUAUCAGAUUUUUGAGCUCAAAUAAAAACAUAACUGACAAGCUGA